GACGCCUAAUUAGAUAACCUAACCGUAGCUUUUCGAUAGGACAACUCAUCUUUCCACGAUAUCUAACCGAUGCCUGCCGUCCGCGACCGAUGUUCGUGAAAUCGGAACCUGUAUCCCUCCGUAAAGAAUUUUUUUAACUGAGAAAACUGAGCUACUCGGUACCUCAUCGUCCGGUGCUUAGGAAACUAGAGAGGUCCGUGAGCCCAUCAACAGUAUCAUCAGAAAAAAGAAAAUCCUUAUGUCGUGAACAAUACGAUCCUAGGUUGGCAAUUUGGCACAUCCGAGACAGAGAAUUUACAUGCGGAUACAAUCGUGGAUUCGCGUGGAUCGUCUGUCAAGUCUUGAACUGGGAAUGACGAUGUUUUCCUCGCUUCGUGUUCAUCAAUUCGUAAAUUAUGAACCCUGAACGGACGCGAAUUCGGCUCUCGUUCCUGGUUCGUAGCCCGAGGCCGCAACAAGCGCAACGUUGAGAAGGCUUUCAAAGGAAUUCCGUGCCUUGGUCUCUUGAUCAACAUGGCUGUGAUCGAGGAAUUCAGCGAGCUGUGCCGACUCUGCGCUGGUAAGACGAGUCUCAGCCUCGGUCUUCCGAUUUUCGAGACCGAAGGUGAAAUCCGGCACAUAGAUGAAAAAAUUUCCGCCUGUCUUCCUGUCCAGAUCUCCAUGACGGACAAGCUGCCAAAAUUGGUUUGCCAGGAAUGCGCUUACAAGUUGGAUCAGCUGUACAACUUCAGAGAGAAGUGUCUUCACACAGAGGGGAUGUUCGUUGCCAUGCUCAAGGGUGUUCAUGUCGAUGACAGUCAUUUCAAGGAAGGUUGCGGGGAUUCUGAUCAAAUGCAGGCCAUGCAAGUGAUGGAUGACAUGGAUCUCGCCGGCGGGGAACAGGUUGUUUCUCAGGAAGAGAUGUGUCAGCAUGGCGGGGAAAUUCAAGUUGCUGGUAUAGAGCUAGAUGGUGAUACAGUACGAAUGGUUGACCAGCACAUACGUGACAUGCAGGAUGAGGUCUCUACUCAGCAGCUCACGAUGCAUCUAGAAGGAGAUGUGACGGUCGUAAGUAACCUGACAGUCGAGACGGACCUCAGCCAACUGGACAUAAACUAUGUGACAUCAAUCAGUCCACAGAAUCAAGACUGUCACGACACAUGCCAAAUGGAACGGGUACAAUUCUGCAAGGAUAUAAAAUUUGAACCUGUUAUUGUGAAGGAUGAAUAUCAUAGGCUGCAAGAACGACUCUCUACAGAAUGUUCAACAGAAGCUAAUGAGACUGACGAAAGAGAAAAUCGCAUGCACCAACCAGACAGUGAUAGUGAUAGCGAGGUCGAUGCAUCAGUCGAGAACGAGAUGGAGACACGAACUGAGGAUGGAACUGAGGAUCCCUUGCAAGCCGGGAUAGCCCCGUCAACAAGUGGACGUAGUAAUCUAAGUAGCAAUGCAAGCGAGACACCUGUGGAAUAUACUAAAUCAGCUAAAGCAUCACUGCUACAAGCAAUUCUGACCAAUCCCAGUAUAGAUGAGGCAGGUAACAGUUGGUAUGUCUGUCGUUUGUGCAACGAAGCUGCCACAGAACCUCCCAGUCUUGCGCAGCACUUUGAGGUUCAUUUUUGCAGCUGCGCAUGUGGCAUAUACUACACCAGUGUCGAGGCUCUGAAUAUCCAUAAGCAGCACUGCCAGACGAGUAAAAGCAAAGAGGUAUUAUGCACAAGUGAACCAUGCAACGAUAUUGCGACGAAUCCAGAGGAGCAAAAGAAGCCUGGAACAACAGCUAGACAAAAGUGGACACCAAAAAUUUGUACAGAGUGUGGAAAACAGUACAGAACUAAUUACAAACUUCAAGAACACAUGCGAAAGCACACUGGUGAGAAACCGUUUCAAUGCCUACUUUGUGAGAAGGCCUUUCGUAGUAAAAUCGGUCUCGCACAGCACACUGCAACACAUACAGGACAGUUUGAUUACACUUGCUCAACUUGCGGCAAAGGAUUCCAGUGCAAAAGCUACCUCAUAGUACACCAGCGUGUGCACUCAGACUUAAAACCAUAUCCUUGCAGCACAUGUGGCCAGAACUUCAAGACGAAACAGUCGCUGCUAGAUCAUCAAAAUCGGCACCUGGGUGUUAAGCCAUAUAUGUGCGACAUAUGCGGUAAGGGAUUCAUAACGAAAGGACUGUGCAAAAGCCAUCAGAAAAUCCAUUCAGGAAAGGAUAAUCGUCAGUAUCCUUGCAUGGUCUGCAAUAAACUAUUUGUUAGUAAAAGCUACCUGAAUACCCACCUUCGUAUUCAUACUGGUGAAAAACCGUACAAAUGUGAGGUAUGCGGAAAGGGUUUCCUCACAAGGGUCGACCUCAAAAUUCACUCCACAAUGCACACCGGUGAGAAGAGUUUUGUAUGUGAGAUGUGUGGCAAAGCGUUUGCCCGUCGUGCGGCUCUCCGAUGCCAUCGUCGAUCGCACACCGGCGAGCGGCCCUACAGAUGCGACGUAUGUGGAAAAACAUUCACCCAGUUCAGUCCUAUGGCGAUACAUAAACGUCUUCACACUGGUGAACGUCCAUAUGAAUGCGAUAUUUGUCGCAAGGCGUUUGUAUCCCGGUCUACUAUGAUGUGCCAUCGCAAGAAGCACCAUCUUCCAUCAACUACAGAUCAGAAGGAGGAGGUGUCUGACCAAGUCAUGGAAAUUAUAUCGACUGAGAUUGUGGUCAGGGGGUCCCACGAUGGAAUACAGAUAACUGCUGAUUGAACCUGUGUACAGAUAAACUGUAAAAAAAUAAUACGAAAAUGGGGGUGAUCAGGGCAACAGGAAAACCCAGAGUCAACUCUAUAUCAGAAUCAUGUGUCUAGAAGAGUUCAGUAUCUGAACGGAAGUUUCUAAUAACGUGAGUUAGCUACAACAAUGAACUAUAUUUGAAAAUAUCAUCAUGUUGAAAUAAGGAAUUUGUAAAAUAAUGUCCUCAUGUUUCUGCCAGAGUCUAAAGGUACUGAUAUAUUGGUUAGCCAAUACUGAACAGUGAAAACUUAUGCAUGUGACUUUCCAGAUUGAAAAUGUAAAUGUCUCGUCCUUAAGAUACAUAUGUUGGCGAUACUGUGUCCCAUGUCCUUAAAAAAUUAUUUUACGAGAGAUGUGACUGACGAAUAAUUGGCAAUGUUUAUUAAUAUAUUGGGAAUAUCUGUUGAAACAGAUCUUAUUCAGCCACACAGUCACUGCCUACGCCAACCACGUGUACAAUUUUUAUCUGAUCUGAACAUAACAGACAAAUGCUGUCAAUCAAAAGUUGCGUAUGUGUUGGUGCGAAUUGUGACUGUGUGGCUCGGAAUGAUCUCUUCGAACAGACAUUCACGGUAUGCAUAGAAUGUUGCAGGACUAGAGCUUAAAAUUGGUAAACCUACCGCGUACCUAAUACAAGUUUCCCUGCAGAGAAUUUAUUUUUAUAAAAACUAAGUUGCUUCGAUUUUCUAUCUUCAUAUUAUUAAAAAAACGAAAUUCUUUUAAUUGGACCUCAAACAUAUAUAUGUAUAGUAUGUAUCAUAGAUAACUCAAAGUAUUGAGCUAUAGUAAAGUAACAAUAAUAAUAACAAGAACAGUAAUUUUGAAUUUGCACAUCUAGUGAUAAUCUCUAAAAUUACUAUGGUUCUGAUAAUUGGAAACGUGAUAAACAAAAUAAUCAUAAAACGAAAAUGACAAGACUACCAUUUAUGGUGUGGUAACCAUCCACUUCAUUGUUUGCUCGAUAGUGAAUUUUUUGUAAAGACAAAAUGACAUUCACUACGUUUGUAUGACUAGGAAUGUGUAUACGUAAAUUCCUUGUACAUAUACAUACAUACUGUGUACAAAUAAUUUGCUACACAAACAAGUAAACUCAUCGUGAUACUUAAUAGCAAAUAUACAUUCAUUGAAAUGACUUGACAGAUUUUGUACUAGUAGAUAUUUUUGCGCAUAUUUGCCGUUUGUUAUCGUGCUAAACGUAUAAUACAGUAGAUUGUGCAUCAAGGUGGUAAAGAAGAUCUGUUAACGCUGAGUAGAAGUGUGCAAUAUCAGUCGUAGGUGGGCUUGCGCGCGAGCUGAAGACAAAUAUUGCAAAUACCCGUGGCGAACAAGACUUUACCUACAUGUUGCUCAGGAUACUUUAUGUAACAAAAGUAUGGUUUACAAGUUUUUUUUUUAUAGCAGAGUAUAAAAAAGAGCACUUUUCAGUACUAGGACGUAAAAGUGCACAAUUCUGUAUUCCGAUGCUCUUCUUUUGUACUGUUGCUGAAACGAUUACUUGACGUACGUAACGCAGGCAAAAAAAGCCUUGUAAACCAUAUUGUUAUAUAAAAUAAUUUUCAUACGUCUAUACAUUUAAUGAUAUUACCUGAAAAUUGAUCCCUUAAGGCAUCGCGGUAGGAUUACGCUAGAAUUUUUUUAUAUAUUUUUUUUUUUUUUUAUUAAUAUUAUCGUUAUUGCAAACGCCAAAUUUACGAAUUGUAAGAUUAUCCAAGGCACAAAUCUAUGGCCAAUAAGUGAGGCAUUAUAUAAAUUUUACGAACCAGUGUUUCAGUUCUACAAUUUUUUCUGCUAUCGUAAAUUAUGUACUGACAUACAUUUCAAAUUGAUAAAAUGAAAAUAAAGACCCAAUCAUGUAUUAUUUUAAAAACUAUCCAUUGAUUUUUCAAUCUUGUUCAUUUGGUACAUUCAUUUAAUAAAAGUUGCAGUUUAGACGUUUCAUCGAAUUACAACUUCAUCAUAUGCAGCGUAAUAAUAUAGAUGUACAAUAAUAAAGAUGAUCAAAUGUUCAUAAAAAUAUGCAAUUAAUGAGAAAAUGAUGCUGAAAAAAAAUAGCUUCUCUCAAUAAAUUAUGUUUAUUUGGUGAUAAAACUCAAUGAACUACACUAACUAAUAUAUUGAUUUAAUAAUCGUCACCUUCUGGUCAUACUUAUCUACAUUAUCUUUAGGCAAUGCGAUGCUUUGUACAAUGCUUUUUUUUUUCUUUUUUCAUUGACCAUACAUUUAUGUCGCGUGUAUGUAUGUGUAUACAUGUUCCACAUGCAUAUUAUUAUAUGUAUAUCAUUUGUGCAACACGGUAAUGAAGUGAACAUCAUGUCUGGUUAGGAGCUUUCAGCGUCCAGCAGCGCAAUUCUGAUUUUCACUUUAGCGUUAACAAGUAAUGUUGCCUGUACAUAACAUAAAUUGUGGACUUGAGUUGAGUUAAUAUCACUCACUACGGCAUUAAUGUAAUCCAAAGUGACAAUCCAGGGAUUGAUGUUUGGAUUAUGAUUACUGUUGUUAAAAAUA